GUGAUGUGGAGUCCUCAAGCUUUGUGUUUCACUUCAUGGAUCACAGGCACUGGAAUUCUGUGUUUAACAUUCUGCCAGUUAGCAGACUCUGAACCUGCCUGUGAGCUUGGCGAGAGGUGUGUCGGGCAGGGUGAUGAAAACUUGAGCAUCUGGUAUGUGUGGUUCCUGCUGCUGUUUUUCCUGGCCUUGCUCCUGUCCUGUGGGAUCCUCUUCUGCCUCCAGUGUUGGCUGAAGCAGCGGAGCUGCCUUCCCCACCAGCGUACCCUGGCCGUGUUUGCACUGGGCAGCUCUGAUGCCUUUCACGUGAGUGAAGCACCUCAGUGUCCAUUCUCUGGAUCUCCAAGCUCUUGUGUGAAUGGAGAGAUGUCGUCGUCUUGUGCUCUGUUUUUCCACCUUGGGGAAGCUGAGUUGCCUCCAUCCUAUGAGGAUAUUAUGAAGGGAAACAAACUCUAGACACAGCAUGCUGGCUGACUACAAUUCCACUUGCUUUGUCAGAGAUCUUCCAUUAUGCUACAGUAAUGUGAGAGCAAAAUCAGCCCUUUCCUCAAGAGGGCCAAGAGAAUGCCCAUACUCCAUCUUAAAUUAAAAUUGAACACAAAAUGUAACAGAAUAAAUGCUAAAUGUAGUGAAUCUGUGACAGGGACUCAAGUUGACAUCUUGAUAUGGCUCUGAAUUUCAAGAAGCUUCCUCAAAGAUCUGUCUUUACCCGGGGCUUCUGGUUCUUCCCCCAGAUUUACAUUUUUAAGAUCUCUUGAGCCAGUGCAACCCCAUGUGUUUUAGGACCAAGCACUGAUAAAUGACUUGACAGUUACUUCUCAGAUUUGGGCUGCAUCCUUUACUCGGCACAGUGCCAACAAAUUCCCUUUGGCAAAGCCGCAUUGUUCUUCCACGUUGUAGUGCAAUCAUGCCAUUUUGUGAUGAAGGAUUGUUUGCCUCAUUUAAGAUGUUUAGCACAACACC